AUGGUGAGAUUGACAUAUAAAUACUACUACUACUAUCAUCAACUGUCCACAAUCACUCCAACAGACUCUACAAAACCGCCCACCACAAUGACAAGCCCAUUCACACCAACAACACCACCCAGAAUCAAAAACACAAAGGGCCUCCACCUCCUAACAACCAGCACCCCCAACGGCAAAAAAGUCCAAAUCCUCUUCGAAGAACUCUCCGCCAAAUACGACUUACAAUGGACCACAACCCUAAUCGACCUCGACACGGACGAGCAGAAGCAGCCGUGGUUUCUGGCGCUGAAUCCUAAUGGCAAAAUCCCCCUCCUCAUCGACAACAACCCCCACAACCCAUCAUCCCCAAUAACAGUAAUGGAAUCCUCCGCUAUACUCCUCUACCUCGUCGAAACAUACGACCCAGACCACCACUUCCACUUCUCCUCCUCCUCCUCCACCUCCUCACCGGUAUACAAAUCCCAACUCCUCCAGUGGUUAUUCUUCUGGUCUGCUUCUGGACAGCCCCAGCAGGCGGGGUUGAAUCAUUUCAAGAGGUUCGCGGGGGUGGUGGUGGAUUCUUAUGCCAUUGAGAAAUUCAAGACCGAGACGCUUCGGAUUUACAACGUGCUGGAAAUGCAUCUAUCUAAUAGGUUGACUGGUGAUGAUGGUGGUGGUGAAGCGAGGGAGUAUCUGGUGGGCGAGGGACGAGGGAAGUAUAGUAUUGCGGAUAUCAAUGCGUAUGCGUGGAUAAGAGCGUGGAAGAGGAUGACGAUUAGUGAGGAGGAAAUGGGUAGGUUUCCGCUGCUGAGGAGGUGGGUUGAGAGGAUUGAGGAGAGGCCGGCGGUGAGGAGGGGGGUAGGGGAGGGGUAUGAUGAGGAGGUUCAUCCUGAGUUGUUGCUUACUAGUAGUACUGGAAGGAGUUAA